AAAAAUGGGUGAUGUUGAGAAGGGCAAGAAGAUUUUUGUUCAGAAGUGUGCCCAGUGCCAUACCGUGGAAAAGGGAGGCAAGCACAAGAUUGGCCCAAAUCUUCAUGGUUUAUUUGGUCGAAAGACAUGUCAGUCCCCUGGAUUUUCUUACACGGAUAACAACAAGAACAAAGACAUCGCCUGGGGAGAGGAGACAUUGAUGGAGUAUUUGGAGAAUCCCAAGAAGUACAUCCAUGGAACAAAAAUGAUCUUCACUGGCAUUAAGACAGGAGAAAGAGCAGACUUGACAGCUUAUCUCAAAAAGGGCUACUAA